AUGGUGUGUCACUCAUUUUUCCAACUCGUCAUCUUCAUCACCGUUUUCCUGCAGGCUUGGUGUAGCCCCUUUGCACUCCAGAAAAGAGGCGCCUGUGCUACCGAAGACCCCGGUGCAAAUUUCUUGCAUGAAGUAAGGCGCCUCCAAUCGGAUGAAGCCGAUCUUGCUAUUUCGCAGGCCAGGAAGGCCCCGAUCGAGAUCGAGACCUGGUUCCAUAUCAUCAGCAGCAAGUCGGAGUCCACCCAGGUCACUGAUAAUAUGAUCAAUUCUCAAUUUUCUAUUCUACAACAAUCUUAUGCAGAUUCUGGCAUCUCCUACCGAUUGCAAGGUGUGACUCGUAAUGUCAAUGAUAAGUGGGCGAGCAAUGCGGAUGAUACGGCCAUGAAAACGACUCUCCGAAAGGGAAGCUACCGAACAUUGAACGUUUACUUCCAAACCGAUCUGCAGGCCUCACCCGAACAAGCGGGACGUGCUUUCGGGCACAGGGGUGCAGUCACCAACAAUGAUCUGGCAUCAAGCGUUCUUGGAUUCUGCACUUUGCCCGAUCCGAGUGUCAAUGCUAGUAGCCCGGCUUCUCAAUAUAUCAAGGAUGGCUGCAAUGUUUUGGCCAAAACAAUGCCUGGUGGCUCCUUGGAUCUGUACAAUCGAGGCGGGACUGCCAUCCACGAGAUUGGACACUGGAAUGGCCUUUUGCACACCUUCCAGGGGGAAUCUUGCUCAGUAGAUAAUCCUGGUGACCACAUAAGUGACACGCCACAGCAGUCCACCCCGACAGAUGGGUGCCCUGACCAGAAGGAUUCUUGUCCAGACUCCCCUGGAUUGGACGCGGUCCACGACUUCAUGGAUUAUUCAUCCGAUGUAUGUUAUGAGCGCUUCACGCCCGGACAAGGAGAGCGCAUGCGGAGUAUGUGGAUAUCCAUGCGUGAAGGUAAAUAG